CGUCCCAAACACGGAACUAUGUUAUAGUGACACACGGCUGCUGCGUUCAUGUGUUAUUAUGGCUUUAUUAUGGCGCUGCUGCUAGCUGAGCUUUACCCGUGUUCGUUGGCUUUCCACUGCAACUUUUAGUGAUGUUUAACAGCCGGUGUUAAGUUACCAUAGUGACAGAUGGACGGUAGAAAUGGAGAGAGAGUUCGACCUCUGUUGUUAGUUCAAUAGCUUUUUGUUCACACUAGUCAUGAAACAAAGUGUGUUGGGGGUCAUGGGGGCUCUGGGUCGCCUGCUACUGGCCCUCCUCCUGCUGUCCUGGGAAGGAAAGCUAUUUCAGGUUGGAGGGGUCAGAUCAGUCACCCUGCCAGAAUCCCUCCUGUUUGUUUCCACAAUGGACGGUAGUCUGCACGCUGUCUCCAAACAGUCAGGAGACAUCAAGUGGACCCUAAGAGAAGACCCCAUUAUUCAAGUACCUGUCUACCUCUCAGAGCCGGGUUUUCUCCCAGACCCCAACGAUGGCAGUCUGUAUGUCCUGGGCGGCAAACACAAGGAAGGCCUGAUGAAACUGCCCUUCACCAUCCCAGAGCUGGUUCAGUCGGCUCCCUGCAGGAGCUCUGAUGGUAUACUCUAUACAGGUAAAAAGCAGGACGUGUGGUUCGUUGUGGAUCCUGAGACAGGCGAGAAGCAAACCAGUUUAACCACCUCCUCCUCUGAGUCCAUCUGCCCCAACACUCCUCUGCUCUACAUUGGACGCACAGAAUACAUGGUUACCAUGUUUGACACCAAGACACAGGAGCUGCGAUGGAACACUACAUACAAUGAAUACUCCGCUCCACCUUACGAUGACAAACAGGACUACAAGAUGGCUCAUCUUGUGUCGAGUGGCGAUGGUCUCGUUGUGACAGUUGACAGAGAGACAGGUGACGUUUUGUGGAGUCAGAACUAUGGAUCGCCCGUCGUCGGGGUCUAUCUGUACUCUGGCGACUCCCUAAGACACGCCCCCCACCUGUCCCUCGCCAUGGAAACGCUACGCUUCCUCACCUUCUCCUCUGCCAACGACAAGAAAGACGCACACUCGACACUGAAGUGGAGCUAUCAGUUUGUGAAGGAGCAAGCCAGCGCACAAACACAACUUGUGCCCACUCUCUAUGUAGGAAAAUUGGACUCUCACCUCUACGCCUCCAUUUCCCUCGUCCACCAUGGAGUCUCAUUAGUGCCUCGGGGACUGACCUUGGCUCGAAUCGAGGGUCCGGUGACAGCCGGAGUGACGGUCAGAGAGCGAGGGGAGUGUGAGAUCACACCGUUCACUGAUGUGCGCUAUCCAGCAGGGAGCACAAACAGCCAGAAAAACCACUGGCUGCUGAUCGGUCAUCAUGAGCUCCCUCCGGUGGCUCACACCACCAUGCUGAGGGAUUUCCCAGUCGGCCUGCAGCGUUCUGGUGAGGCCGUCAUCCCCCCUCGACCUUCUGCCUCCUCCGCCUCCCCUUCCUCCUACUACCAUCAGCGCUACACGGUUUCUGGUAGCCAUAGCGACAGUAAUGCAGACAGAGGAGGGGUUGAUGGGAGGACAACAGGACAGGUCCAGAGGCCGGCCGCUGUGCUGCCCGUCUACAUGACUCAGGACCGUCUAACUCUGGCUGUUCUGACGCUGCUGCUGGGAGGAUGGCUGGCCUUCGCCCUCACGUACCCCGUUCGUGCAGCUCAUCAGCUGAAAGCUCAAAGGCAGCUGGAGGAGGCUUUUGAGUCUCGUCUCCAGCUCAUGCAGACCAACAUGCAGACCAACAUGCAGACAGUGACCUUGGUUUCUACAGACACAAACCUUUCUACUGACACAAACCUCUCCGGUGACUCUCGGCCUGCCUCUGCUGACCCUCCACCCAGUCCUCACACUCGCAGCAGCGGCACCUCAGAUGGAGAUACAGAUGGCAACACUGGGGACAAACCCACAGCAGAAGGAAACAGUGAGGAGGUGCACGUGGGCAAAAUCUCCUUCACGCCAUCUGAGGUGCUCGGACACGGCACAGCGGGAACGUUUGUCUUCAGGGGUAAUUUUGAUGGACGCCACGUAGCGGUGAAGCGAAUACUGCCGGAGUGUUUCGAGGUAGCAGAGCGUGAGGUGCAGCUCCUCCGAGAGUCUGACACUCACCCGAACGUCAUCAGAUAUUUCUGCACCGAGAGAGAUCGUCUCUUCACUUACAUCGCCAUCGAGCUGUGCACCGCCACCCUGCAACAGUAUGUAGAGGAUCCGUCCUGCUUUCCUGAGCUGAAUCCUAUAACUCUGCUGGGACAGACCAUGUGUGGCCUCUCACACCUCCACUCACUCAACAUAGUCCAUCGUGACUUGAAGCCUAGAAACAUCCUCCUUUCUGGUCCCAGUGCACUGGGUGAGGUCCGAGCUCUCAUCUCUGACUUUGGACUCUGUAAGAAGAUCCCAGACGGGCGGUGCAGCUUCUCUUUGCGGUCAGGAAUACCAGGAACUGAAGGCUGGAUAGCUCCAGAAGUACUGCGGGAUACUCCUGACAACAAACCGACAGCAGCGGUGGACGUCUUCUCGGCAGGCUGUGUGUUCUACUACGUGGUCAGCAGGGGGCAGCACCCCUUUGGUGAUUCGUUAAGACGACAGGUCAACAUCCUGUCGGGAGAAUAUUCACUCUCGCAUUUUAUGGAGGAUAUACACGAUGACGUCAUAGCACAGGAUCUGAUCGAGCAGAUGAUCAGUGCCGAGGCCGAGUCCCGGCCCUCCACCGCCUGUGUGCUCAAACAUCCGUUCUUCUGGAGCCCCGAGAAGCAGCUGCUCUUUUUCCAGGACGUGAGUGACCGCAUAGAGAAGGAACCAGCAGACAGUCCGAUUGUGGUCAAACUGGAGACUGCAGGAAGAGCAGUGGUCCGAACCAACUGGAGGAUGCACAUCUCUGUGCCUCUGCAAACAGACUUGAGGCGGUUCAGGACGUAUAAAGGGAACUCAGUCAGAGAUCUGCUGAGAGCCAUGAGGAAUAAGAAGCAUCACUAUCACGAGUUGCCGCCGGAGGUGCAGGAGACUCUCGGCGAGCUGCCCGAAGGCUUCGUCAGCUACUUCACCUCGCGGUUUCCACGGUUACUGAUGCACACACACGCUGCUCUGCACAUCUGCUCCAAUGAGAGACUGUUUCACCCCUACUAUCUGACCCCCAACGCCAAACAGAGAUAACAUGACUCUAUACACACACACAUACACUGGUAUACUUUUUUAUGAGCAACAGAAAUCGCUGACAGUGCCCCUUUAUUGCUUUUGUAAAGCCCGUACGUUUUUUUGGGGGAGUUACAGUGCUGUGAAAAAGUUUUUAUAGAUUUAUUCUAUUUUUCAGCACCGAUUUUAAGAUUGAAACAGUAAGCACUCAGGGUGCAUACAGAGCAACUGAUUUCCCUCGAAUGCAAUAUUUUAUUGGAAUAAACCAAAAAUGAUCCAUAAUGGCCCAAAAAAAGAGAAAAUACUCAGUACUUUUCCAAGUAUUUAAUGCACACAGGAGUAUACAAAAAUAGGCUUUACCAUGUGGUUAUUUCCUAUAGACUAUUUAUUUAUUGAAUUACCAGAAAACAUGCUAUAUCAUGAUAUAUAUUAUGAUAUACUGUAUGCACCGGAUUUCAUUGCAAUAUUUUUGCAAGUUUGAGAUUUCCUAACAAGACCAAAAACAUAACCUCUUUAUUAUUUUUUUAAAUGAUUUUUUAAGCAUUUUGUUCUCUUUACUGGAUAAUUAAUUAAUGAAUAUUAUUAUUAUAAUAGUAUGGAGACGGACUGGAAACAAGGGAGAGAGAGGGGUAUGACAUACAACAAAUAUCUCCAACAUGAAGCCCUGUAGUUUUUAAAAGUUUGUCUGAAACUUUAAUAAUUAUAAUCAUAUUACAUUAAGAUAACAGGAAAAUGAAAUUUAUUAUAUGAUGAUAUACAUUUAAAAUAAAUGACUGACCUUAUAACGGAGCUAAAUGGAACCAUGUUGGAUUUUAGGGCGUCACAUGAAUGAUUUGUUAUUGUGGAAGGUGACGUUCAGCUCUUAUUUGCUCUGGAGUUCACACUAAAUCGCACCAUAAACCCUAUGUGAGGUGCACUAACUUUGUCACAGCACUGUAGGUAGCACAGACACUGAACAACAGGUUUUUAUAAAAUAAUAAAGCUUGUGUUGCUGUAACAAGGCUUUAUGUCGUAGAAAACAACUCUGUUAUCCAUUUAACCAGUUUCUGUCCUUGUUGCUGCUGUGCUUCUCUCAGCUCCUCUGGAGGAAAUGCCAAAGACUCCACGACAUGUGCUUUGCUGUUUGUUUUUAUGUAUUUGAUAUGUGUGUCUGAAUGUAGCUACACUGACUGAAGAAUGUAAUGAGUCUUGUUUUUCACUAAAGGCAGUACUGGAGCGUAAUAGUCACAUAUCAUUGGCACUGUUAAAAUGUGGGCGAUGUGCACAUGCUGGGAAAAUGUGUGAAGGUAAUGCAACAAUUUAUAAACAUUUUUCGUUUACCCUUUUUUAACAGAAAUGCAGUAUAGUUUACCACUCCUAAAUGUUGGCAUUGCUUGAGCUUUUGAGCCUCUCCAGCCUCACAAAAUGACACAAAAUGAUCUCAGAGAUAUGUGAAAUAUCUCCCUGUAACUACUGGAUGAAGGUGUUUUCAUUGGUUUGCAGUAGAAUGAAUGAUGAAGAAUCAAACUUUUGUACUUUUAUUUGAAUGAGUGAAUUAAACUGAUCCUUUGGGUGUGCCAAAGAAUUAAUAAAUCAA